AAGAGAGAGAGAGAGAGAGAGAGAGGAGGAGGGAGGAGGAGGAGAGAGGAUAAAGGGAAGUGGCUGGCUGCCCAUUUUGCGGAAGGUAGAGAUAGGGUUAUAUUCUCAAUUUGCUUCUUCCUCCAGCUUCUCUCUCCUCUCCCUCUUUCUCUCUCUCUUCCCCCAAGUCUCCACAGCAAGAAUCCCUCCCCGCGUCUUAAAGGUUUCACCUUUCCCUUCCUUCCCCCCUCCCCAUCUCCUCUCGAAUUGCAGCAGAAUCAAGAAACCGGUCUCCUUGGUGUUUCGGCUCAACUGGGUUCUCGAUGCCAUCCCUGUUCCCGUCGAUCUGAACCGACCCAGUUGACGAGAUCAGAUCGUCUGCAUGAGCUACAGUUCGUGGGUUUCGGCAGGCUCGUUAGAUUAGAUCGGCCGCGAGAGGGAGAGGGACAGAGAGAGAGAGAGAAAAAAAGAAAGCGGACAGAUUCCUGCGAAACAUGUCUGCAAUAGUGUGUGGCAAGAGAUCUUUCUUCGAGGAACUGAGUGCCGCCCCGUCCCCCGUCGUCUCCAAGAGAAUCCGCUGCUCGUCCUCCCCGGUCCGCCUCUCCCCGCCGCGGCAGCAGCAGCAGCCGUCCUCCCUCGCUUCCCCUCCUUCCUCGCACCAGCCGGGGUCGGCGGCGGUCCUGAUCGAGCAGCUCGCCGCGGUCUUCCCUGAUAUGGACAAGCAGCUUCUCGAGAGAGCACUUGAAGAAAGUGGUAAUGACUUGGAUUCGGCCAUCAGAAGAUUGAAUGAACUUCGCUUGGGAUCUGCUGAUCCAAAUUUAGGUUCUGCUCUGGAUGGGGCUAAUGCAGCAGUGGAUGUCAAUGUUCCGCUUCAGUCACAAGGGGGUGCAACAACUGCUGGAGAGCCAGGUUUAUCACAGGAUUCAUCAGCAGAAGAGACAAUAUCAAUCGAUGGGGCAGAAUGGGUGGAGCUCUUUGUUAGAGAGAUGACGAGUGCCUCCAAUAUGGAUGAUGCCAAAGCCCGUGCUGCGAGAGCACUUGAGGCAUUAGAGAAAUCCAUCUUGGCUCGGGCUGGGGCACAAGCAUCCCGGAAUGUUCACCAGGAAAAUAUGCUGCUGAAGCAGCAACUUGAAGCACUGAUUCAAGAAAAUACAGUUCUCAAGAGAGCUGUGGCUAUUCAGCAUGAACGCCAGAAAGAGCAUGAAUUAAGGAGUCAGGAAUUGCAGCAUUUGAAGCAGCUGGUGUCUCAGUACCAGGAGCAGUUGAGGACUCUUGAGGUGAACAACUAUGCACUCACGGUGCACCUGAAGCAAGCUCAACAAAGUAGCUCCAUCCCUGGGCGUUUUCACCCUGAUGUGUUUUAGGGAAACUAUGAACCUGUUGAUUUGUGCUGUUGAUGUGCACCGUGGUCUAUGCACUUUAGCUAUCAUUCAAAGGGUGCAAACGGCCUGAAGACAUUCAAAGGCUGUAAAACUCCCCAUCAUCCACAAUCAGCAGUGGGUGUCUUACAAGUUAAGCUAGCAAAACGCAGUUGGAAACUAGUUGUCUACAUUGUUUCGUUUCUUCGUAUCUAAAAGCAGAUGGAAAUGGUAUGCUUGUUAUGCCAGUAGUCUGGUUGUGUUUGCGUGUAAUUAUAUAUGGAAAUCAUGGUUUAUGAAAGUCGCUGCAUCACUGCAAUAUCACAUCGUUUCAUGAA